AUGAUUUUCACCGUCUCGCCAUCAACCAGCUCGUCGGACUUUACCGACAGUGCCAGCGAAUAUAGUUGCUGCAGCGAUCAAGAACUAUUCACGGCCAACUGCAUCGGCUCAGCGACAGCGUCCGGAAUAAUUAGUGCAGAUAUGGAGGCGAAGAAACCGUACGCGGCACGCCAUGUCUGUACGGAGACCAUGGCAAUAGCAGCAGCGGCGGCGGCGGGGGCCGCAGGGUCAGUGGUCGCCCCAAAUGUUGAGGCUUGUAACAGGUUCGGUGCUUUGUGUCAAAGAGGUUAUCAAGGACCUAGCUUUGAUAAACAUGCCUGUGAAAAGAAUACCACAAGCGCCGGCAAUUUGCAGCCGUCAGACACAUCUUUUGUUUAUUCGACUCCUCAAAAGACAUUCCUACCACAGCGUUCCGACAAAGAUGAGAACGAAAUCAACGAGCAAGUCCGAAAACUGCAGGAUUCAUUCCAAGAUAUUCGGAAAUCAAAUCUCAUAAAGCGGAAGCAAUUGUUUUGGCAUGCUCUCAAAGACUAUCAGUUGGCUAAAUUGAAUUGGGAGGAACAGGGUUCAAUUCUGGCAAACUGUAUGUCUCUUGUAGGCACCAAAGCAGAAAAGUCGUCAGCCAUGUUGGAUUUAGCAAAACAUCUUAUCUUACUGAAUAUUAAAACGAAAACGGCUCAGUUACUGUAUAAAGUGCAGAAAAACGCGGCAAAAUACAAGCGGAUAGAUGAGGCGAUGGUGCAACAUUUUAAAAGAUGCUGCAGUGGCGAGGUGUGCCGCCGGCUGAUAGAGUUAUGGCGGGCCGAGACGUUUGCCGAGGAGAGAAUAUCAUGGCUCACUUGGAACUUCAAGAAAGAGUCCUACAUUAAUAACGGUGACAGGUUUGCCAAUUUCGUGUACGGCAUUAAAGAGCCGGCAAAGUAUUCGAGAAGUAGUAAGCAAGAAGCAUCUUUCCGGGACAAGACAUAUGGGGCGAAGGGUGUUCCUCUAAGAUGUCCAUCGACAGACAGCCCACUUUCUGUUUCUUCGGAGUCGAUUGGACUUGAAAGUGACUCCGGUCGCCCCAUCAUGAAUUAUGGAAGAGGAGACUACAAGGAUUUUCCUCCGCCCCUUUAG